ACCGGUGCAACACCGAGGCGUCUCCACUAGGCGGAGCUCCGAGCUCGCUUGCGGAUAACGGAGACCCUGAAGCAACUGCUUCAACUAAAAGGGAAAAAAAAAAUAGAUAAAUGUAUAUAUACAUUAAAAACCUGGCCUAAAGAGCAGGAGCAUCUGCUCCAGUGGAGGGAGAGGGAAGGCGCGCCUUGCGAGCGAGAGGGAAGAGCCCCGCCGGGCCGGGCCGUGCAGUGCGGGGCCUGAGCAGCAGCCAUGAGCCUGGCCUGGGUUCCUGAGGAGGAGCUUCCCGCCUCCUUCAGGGACUCCCCUUCGUCGCUCUCCCCUCCUUCCUUCUCAUUGUCCUCAGGAGGCAACAGGGCGGUGGAAGAGGAAGAGGAGGAGGAGGAGGAGGAAGAGGAGACCCCCAGGAGGGCUGCGGUGGUCACGGAAGGAAGAGGAGGAGGAAGAGGAGGAGAAGGAGCAGCAGCAGAAGGAGAGAAGAGCGAGGCGCACCAUUUCGCCCACUGCUUGGCCCCUGAGCCUGGGGGAGAGAUGAAAGAAGUCGAAGAACGUAUAGAAGAAAUGUUAAUAAAACUAGAUGAAUUCUGUAACAUCACUGAUAUGAUUAGAACUGAUACAUCCCAACUUCUGGAUGAAGUGGCUCCACUUAUUAAAGCCAAAAUGAUAGAAAUGAACAACAUUUACACUCAAGUGGAUAAACUAGAGGCCUUUGUAAAAAUGGUGGCAUGCCAUGUUUCCUUCCUAGAAGAGGAAGUGGUUGAAGCAGAGAAGACUCGUUCUAUCUUCCCCUGCACAGUCCAGAAGCUGCUAGGUAUCCCUUCAUUUAAAAAAGAAUGUACAUCUUCUCCACAGCACACCUAUAACCUGCCAGAACUCUACAGAACUGAAGACUAUUUUAACAACAAAUGUAUAGGUAGCAAGUAUCAAAACUGUUAGUACUCGAUUUGUCUAUAUUUGAUAAAAUAUAACCAAAUUGAUGUAUAUGUAUAUGUUUUAUCAAAGGAUCGGAAUAUGUAUUUUGUUGCUGUGUAACUUUGUUGUAAGGGAGAAACUGAUCAAAAUGAAGUUCUGGUAAAUGAUAGCUAUUAAUGCUUUCUAUUUGAAAAAAAAUUAGAACUUAAGUAUAACAUGGUUCUUUCAAACCUCAGAGCAUCUCUGCUCUUUCCAGCAGGUUACAUGCUUAAAACAGCGCUAUAUAGAGACAACUAAAAGUAUGGGCUGAUAAAAUUACUGGCAGAAGACUAGAGAGGUAUAUAUGAUGGUAAAGAAGUGUCAAAUCCAGAAAAAAUGUAAUUUUGUUCCCAUGAAAGUGGAAUUUCUUGUAAUGUUAAAAUAAAGAUCACUCUGCUGCACAUAA